GUUCCCCACCAUUUCUCACGCUUACAUUCCUUAUUCUCUCUCUCUCUAAAAAAAAACCAGAAAGUGUCUGCAACUCUCCGCCUUCGCAAUCGUUUGAUUGCUUCUUGUUGUUCUUCUUUUUCUUCUUCCAUCCCUCUCGCUACCACGAUCUAGCAAUGUCGAUCGAAAAGGAGAGAGAGACUCAGGUUUACAUCGCCAAGCUCGCCGAACAGGCCGAGCGCUACGAAGAAAUGGUUGAGACUAUGAAGGAAGUUGCAAAACUUGAUGUAGAGCUGACUGUGGAGGAGAGGAACCUGCUCUCUGUGGGGUACAAGAAUGUAAUUGGUGCCCGGAGAGCCUCUUGGCGUAUUAUGUCUUCAAUUGAGCAGAAGGAAGAGUCUAAGGCAAAUGAGCACAAUGUUAAGCUCAUUAAGGGUUAUUGCCAAAAGGUAGAGGAUGAGCUUUCGAAGAUUUGCAGUGACAUUCUGACUAUCAUUGACAAACAUCUCAUCCCCUCUUCCAACUCAGUUGAAGCAACUGUCUUUUACUACAAGAUGAAAGGUGACUACUACCGGUAUCUUGCUGAGUUUAAGACAGACCAGGAAAGAAAAGAGGUUGCUGAACAAUCACUGAAGGGUUAUGAGGCUGCUUCUGCCACUGCAAAUACAGAUCUCCCUUCAACACACCCAAUUCGUCUUGGCCUUGCUCUCAACUUCUCGGUCUUCUAUUAUGAGAUUAUGAAUUCUCCUGAGAGAGCAUGCCAUUUGGCUAAACAAGCUUUUGAUGAAGCAAUUGCUGAGUUGGACACCUUGAGCGAGGAGUCAUACAAAGACAGCACCCUGAUUAUGCAACUUUUGAGAGACAAUCUCACUCUCUGGACUUCUGAUUUGCCUGAAGAUGGAGUUGAUGAAAACUUCAAAGCUGAAGAACCAAAUCAGCAGAAGCUGAGCAUUGAUGAGGUACCUAAGAGCGCUGCGUAAAGCAAAUCCUAACACAAUACUUUGCAGAAGUGCCUUCUUCUGCAGUCUUUCUCACAAGGGUGAUUUGCGUGGGAUAGUGUAGACAUUUUGUAAUGGAGAGUCAAUCUUUUCCAGCCAUCCUAACACACAAGAUGAUUGAGAAUUAUUUUUCUUGAUCUGCCUCAUUGUUGUUCCUGAUCUAUUAUUCCUGUCUGAUCAUUUUUGCUAUCAAUUAUGUUGCAUCAUGUUGUUCUAUACUACUUGUUAUCCGAAAAUCAAAUAUAAAAUAUUUUUCACCAUUUGUUUUAAA